UGACCGUUUGAGUUUUUAUCUUUCUCUGGUGUUUCGUUUUGUCUGUUGAUUGGUGGGUUGACUUUCAUGCUCGAGGGACCGGUUGUUCUUGAGCCUCCAGAUUGGUCCAUACAAAGUAAACUACAGCCGCUGUUUGCUUGUGUGCAAUCUCAGCAUCAGCCUGUUGCUUCUCCUCUCUGUUGGUGGCUGUGAUGCUGAUGCUGACUUUUUUUUCUUUUCCCUGUGCCUUUACUUGCAUUUUUAUUAACCACCAGCCACUGCGUGGUAAAUGCCGAGUACGGUGUCAGUGAGAUUUAAAUCUGUAUUUUAUUUAAAUAAAUAAUUAAAAAUUUACGCUCUGUUAUGUAGUAAAAUGUUUAAAAAAUAAUUGCUUAUUAUUGGAAAAGUAAGUGAAGGAUUAAGACCAAUAUUCACUGAUAUGCUUUAAGAAAUCAGUUAUUUGUUUCGUCAUCAGUUUCGCAUUCUUUUGCUUAUGUAAACUACGUGAUAAAUUACUGGUGAAACUUUUUGUGCUUACGAGUAGUAAUUGCAAUAAACAAUAAUAUUUAAAUAAAAUGAGCGAUUCAAGUGACAACAUCAAGUACAAGUGGACACCAGACAGCACCUCGUUGUUGGUCUCAGUGUGGGCAGAUCGGCAGGUGCAGAAGCAAUUGGAGUAUGCGACAAAACCUCAAUUGAUAUGGGAAAGUGUCGCUCGGUAUAUGCGCAAAAAAGGGUAUGAAGUUACUGCAAAACAAUGCAGAUCGCGAAUGAAACAAGUGCUGGUGUGCUACAAAGAAGCUAAAAAAACAGGAACGAGAGCUGGAGUUGAACGUUACUAUGAGUCUAUUGACAGAGUACUCGAAUGCAAACGAGUUGAGAAGAAUAUUAUUAAUGAUAAUGGAGUAGAUACUGUCGAUUCUACUAAAAUUAUCAAGUCACCGCCUAAGGAAAUUAAAACGAAUGUCAAUAUACGUAUGCGUCAAAAUAAAUUUGAUGAUCCUCCGAUUUCAAUUAAUAAAGACAUUGAAGUGAUACCUGGUGAUUGGCAGUUUGAACGUGACGAAUAUGCAGACUCAUCGGAAUCAAAUGAAACAGUACUUGCUAGACCAGUAUAUCGUUGCUUUUCACCGAUGAAAAAUGUUGGUACGAGUACAAUUACAGAGACAAUGCCACGUACUGGUAAAUCUGCACGACGUUCAUUGAUUAUUCCCAGUGACGAAAGAAUGAGGUAUGAAAACCUCGAUAGAUUCUCCGAGAUACCGAUUAAAAAUAGCGUGCAAAAUGUUCAGAAUCAAAUAAUACAAGAGAAUAUGAUGCUGAGGAGUCAGCUACAUGAUAACAUGCAGCAGUAUCAGCCGGACUAUCGUUCUUUGAAUAUAAAUCCUGGACGAGCAUCACUGUCUCAGCAAAAUAUACUGUAUCACCCUAAUCGUAUUUCAACAAAUAUGGCGCGAAUUCAGAGUCAGUUGCAGCAGUACUCUAUUGGAAAUACCAACAAUACGGCGGUGCCUCAAGAGCCUAGAAAAAUAAUGAACCCAAAUGAUAACAAUGGUAUCUAUCGUCAGUACCAGCGAGCUUUUGGCGACGGUUAUUUACAGGAUAUUGAGCCGAAUUUGAAUGACGGUUUUGGUCAGACAUUAAAAAAUAAUAAAGCGCAUAAUCUUAAUGAGACUUACGACCAGCCGAUGAUGCUGGACAAUGAAAUUCCGUGUCAAAUAGAUACGACGACGAUUACUAAUAAUGCGACUUUCAAUGACGACUCAAUAUCUAUUGAAUUCAUUCAGGACUCGCCGAGUCCUUCGGAAAAUGAAGGGGUAGGAGUUGGAGUAGGAGUUAAGAGAAAUGUUUAUGACAACCGUGCUGAUGUUCCGAACGCUCCAGUGAGAACUAAAAAAAUUCAAAAGCUCGAGCAAUUGAUGCUGAAUGCUAUUACGUCGCAGACAGAAGUUGUUAAUAAAAUCCUCGCUGCUCAAGACGUCAUGGUGUCGCGUAUUCUAGACUUUGAUAAGGAUCGUCAGAGCCGAUUGGAAGACCGGUUGAACCAGCUGAUGAAUGUGGUACAGGCUACUGUUGCCAAAAAAGAAAACGGUUCUGAAGACAUGCCAGAUCUGGGUCAGCAGGUUAAUUUUCCAACUUGUUUUUCACCUCCACCGAGACCAGGUGCUGUACCACCUAAAUUGGAUCUCGUUCCACCGAAACCUUGUCGCGUACCUUGCACGAGUCCUUCAGGGAACAUUGAAUUAAUAAAUCAGAAUCCUGUGCAAACUCGUCCUGGUGUAAUUGGACCCAGCAAACCCGGCAGCAUCUGGACAAAACUUGGCCCCGUGUCGCAGUCUCCGUUCGUCAGAGCUCAGCAGCAAAUUUCAGCUGUGACUAAAGCUGCCGAACACUGGCGCACUCAGUCAUCUGCUGAACGUCGUAUUGCACGUGCUUGUAGUUCAUUGCCAAACACAAGGACACUAAUUGAAGAAACGGUUAAAUUUAUAAACCAUGAAAAAUUAAUUGAAGAACGAAUUGAAAAUGCGCGGCGCACUUUGAUGCCAGAAAAAGACCAGACAGCAAGACGUAAAUUGUUUGAGCCUGCUCCUGAAAAAAAAGAACCUGAAAGAAAAGAACCUUCAGCUGCCAUUGUUCUGACUUCUGCUUUCUUGGAUAUUGAACGUCAAGCUGAAGAAAAGUCACGAUAUGUAUCAAGUCGGUAUGAAAAUGAAUCAAACUCCAGUGACGAUUUGCUAACAGGCCAAGGAGAAAGUUAUGAGCGGUUGCGACGGUUGAGUAUCCGUACAAAACCCAAAGGCAUUCAAUCAAAUAUUUUAUCUGACAAAUUAGAUACUUCAACACCAGCUAAAACUACUCGUGAAAAUUAUAAUAAUAAUAAUAACAACAACAAUAAUAAUAAUAAUGAUGAUGAGCCACGACAAACUAUACAGGAGCUUGCUGACUUGGUAAUGAAGAGCGCGAGAUUCAGAAAUGUUGAGCCACUUAAUCCAGUUAAAAAUCAACAAAAAUUCCCCACUCACUUUCCGCAACAGAGACAGAAUCUACCCACCCGACCUACGCGUGAAAAAGACAAUCAGCGACAGAGUUGCAAUAAAGCUCUCGAUUGGCUCGAAGACAAAUAUUCAUACGGCGUAGGAGAGCAACCAUAUAACCCAAUUUAUAACGAAUAUCCUAUUGGUUUCACAACUGCCAAUUUACAUAUUAAUGAUGAAAACAUCAUAAGACCGUCGUUUGAUCGUCAACUAGGAUUCCGCCAAGACAUACUGAAAAAAUAUCAGGAGUUGAAUGAAUGUGAGUUGCUCAGAGGAAUAAAAAAAGAGCGUGAAAUGCAGGGCGAUAUGAUAGACAGAUACGUGCAGGAUAACAGAAACCGUCGACCAGCUGCUGCCGGUGAUAACGACGAAGAUGAUGAGUUUCUCGACACUACGACGACUCUUCAGCCGUACAGGAAAACGUCAUUAACUUCUUCCGGCACUGCUACUGACCAAUCUUCUAAACCCGCUGCUAAUUGUGUUAUAUCAUAGCUACCGUCGUUCCAGUAUAUUUUUAUACUUUUUUUAUUAUCAUUAUUAGUAAUUUUCUUUUUAGGUAGCUUAGAAACAUGCAAUAAUUUGUAUGUGCAAUUACUGACAGCUGCUAGUAGACAGUAAUACAAGUCUUCCAAGAUAAAUCAUUAUUUUGUUAUUACUUUUAUUUUUACUCAUCAUUUUUGAGUAAAAUGCUGCCAUAACUUUAUUAUUCUUAUUUUACAUAUUAUUAUUAUUAUUAUUAUUCUUACGAGGCAAAAGACCCCAUUAUUGACAGUACCAAUUAUCGACACUGAACUUCAUUAAAUAUUUAAAAAAUUUUAAUAUUUAUAAUUUUAAAUGCACAAAAGCCUAGGAAAUUUACUUCUAGUUUGAAUUCACCAGUUAGGAAAAUAAAUUCAUGGUGGCCAUAGAGAUUUGGCAUGUCAGUAAUUGGUACAUUUGGUGAUUCAUAAAAAAUGCUAUAUAUUUAUUAAAAAAUUAUAUUUAUUAGCAAUAUAAAGUAAUCAAUUAAAAUUAAAUAUAAUAAUUAAAUAAAUAAAUAAUGACUCGCGUAAUUUUAUGGUGUCAGUAAUUGGGACUUGAACCUCAGUUAUAGAAAUAUAAAGAUUUAUUGUAUCGUAAUUUUUGA